AAUAGCCUGGGAGCCACAUUUAACGUAACACUGCUCAGCAGAGUGACUGUGUGUGGGAGAGGUUGAGAAAAGUGCUGUGGUGACCGAGAAAGAGAGCAAAAGUGAGAGAGAGAGAUAAGCAUGCAAGAGAAAGCCAUAAUGAAGGGGGGAUCUACUCGUUCAUAAUAAUCCUACAAACAUCAAAAGAGUACUUUAUUCUUGUAUGGAUGAAGUGGAGGAGGAAGUCUUUUUUGGAGGUCAUGGGAAACACACAACACCCUGCACAAAACACCUCGUGUGAGAACAACACAGCAGCUAACUCCACCCCCACAAGUGAAAUACGGAUGGUGAUGCUUGGCACACUCAUAUCCAUUCUUGUCCUGGUCAUCGUCUUUGGCAACGUGUUGGUGAUUACAGCCAUCAGCCGGUUCCAACGUCUCCAGAAUGUCACUAAUUGCUUCAUUACGUCACUUGCGUGUGCUGACCUGGUCAUGGGAUUGGUGGUGGUGCCUUUUGGCGGCAUUCAUAUCAUCCUGAGCACUUGGUACUUCGGCAACUUCUGGUGUGACUUCUGGUUGGCCACCGAUAUUCUGUGUGUCACGGCCAGUAUCGAAACGCUCUGUGUCAUCGCUCUGGAUCGAUACCUCGCCAUAACAUCACCCUUCCGCUAUCAGUCCUUACUGACCAAGGGCAGAGCUCGCAUCAUUGUGGUGCUGGUGUGGGUCAUUGCUGGGCUCAUUUCCUUCCUACCAAUCCAUAUGAAGUGGUGGAUUUCCGGCAAGGAUAAAGCGGUUUGUUGUAUGAAUGACGUUAACUGUUGUGAAUUUGACGUCAACGGCGGCUAUGCCAUCAUCUCGUCCACAGUCUCCUUCUACAUCCCCCUGGUCAUCAUGAUUUUUGUCUACAGCCGUGUCUUCCAGGAGGCAAGAAAGCAACUGAAGAAGAUUGACAAAAGUGAGGGGCGAUUUCAUGCUCAGAACAACAACGGAAAUAAGAAUGAAGUGCUGAGCAGCCACUGUGAGUUGAGGACCGCCAAGAAGCCCAAGUUCUGCCUGAAGGAACAUAAAGCUUUGAAGACUUUGGGCAUCAUUAUGGGUGUAUUCACACUGUGUUGGCUGCCAUUUUUUGUACUAAACGUGGUGCCGCAGGACAUGGUUGAGGUGAACCCCUUGGCAAUGAAAAUAUUAAACUGGAUAGGCUACGUUAACUCAGCCUUCAACCCACUGAUCUACUGUAGGAGUCCAGAGUUCAGGUACGCUUUUAAGGAGAUCCUAUGCCUCAACAGGUCACGCUAUCCUAACGUUAGGCCAGCCAAUGGAUAUAUAUAUAGCGGGCAUAGCUGGAAGAGUGAGCUCAGAGGGCGAAGCAAAGGCAGCUCAGAGGACAGUGACCCAGCUGAGGGCAACUCUGAGAAAGAGGGAUGCAUGUCAGCAGAUAAACCUGACUCUAAUGGGAACUGCAGUAAAAACCUAAUGAGUGUGUUGUAAAUCACCUUGCGAGUCUUGACUCAUUCCACUGUGACUUCUCAAUAUGUCACAUAAGGACAGGUUACGCCUCCUCUGGUAAGUGGCCAAUGGUGGGUGUGUGAUGGAAAAAAGGGACAUAUUUAAAAGUUUGUUUUCCUCAUCUACCUCAUUGUUUUCUCCUCUAGAUUCACUUUCUCUAUCGGUUCAUUUCACAAAGAUCUUGCGUACACAAAACAACAACAAACAAAAAUAAGUUAUAAAUGCUUCUCCAUUCAUUUUUAAAAGAAGAUAAAUGGACUUCUAUGACAAUCAUGAUAAAAGACACUUUGUGGUUGUUCACUAAAGGAACUUCCUUCUUGAGUCAUGUUUCUGUCAUCUUGCAUAAAUUGAGGAACAGAGCUGCUGUUUCAAAGAAUGAUUUGCUUUCAUUGGAUUAACAGGUUAAACAGGUGCUCUUUGACAUAAUUUUUACUUGUUACUUGGUUAAAAUUGGAUUCUAUAAAAUCUGAUACUAUAAAAUGUCUGUUAAAAUUCACCCAACUCAGCACAGAAACACCUCUUACCACAAUGAAAAAGGAAGAGAAACCACAUGGUCAUACCCGAUUGUUUAUGCAAAAUGUUAUCAUUCAGCCUUUCAGUCAUGUGAUUGCUUAAGCUGAGCAUCCUUAGAUGGAAGUCACUAAAUAUAAACCAAUUUAUGCUAAUGCAAAAUACCACAUUUUCACAGCAUAACAAAAAUGGUAACAUUUUACAAUAAGGUUCAUUAGUUAACAUUAAUAAUGAACUGCACUUCUACAGCAUUUAUUAAUCUUUGCUAAUAUUAAUUUUAAAUACAUCAUUAAAAUCAAGAGUUGUAUUUGUUAACAUUAAUUAAUGCACUGUGCACUAACAUGAACAAACAAUGAACUGCAGUAUUUUUUUUAACAAAUACAGUAACAAAUGUAUUGCUCAUGGUUAGUUCAUGUUAGUUAAUACAUUAAUUAAUGUUAACAAAUGAACCUUAUUGUAAAGUGUUACCCCAAAAAACGAUAUGUCUUGGUUAAAACACAUGUGUCUGAUAACAGAACUUCUCUGGUGCUGAUUUUGAUCUGCGACAUCCAAUAUUGCAUUUCAGGUCUCUCAGCAGUCUCAGUCCUGAAUGCUGCCAAAUCCUCUAUUCACCAUGGGAAUGUUCUUAAUAUUUUCCAGUACAAUUGAGCAAAGUCCAACAGGCCUGUGUGUAAAUCCCUGAGAUUCAGUGUUUAUCAAUGCCAUUAUGUGACUCCCUCUCAAAAAACAUUAUGUAGAAAGACAAAUAAAUUAAGAAGCACCGAGUUUCCUGUCAGACUCAGCUAAUGCAAUGCAGUGCAAAGCAUACAGCAAUUUCCCUGUUCCUCACUCAUAUUUCUGACCUAGGCGUUUAAUCUAAUGUCCCAUACAUAUCAUAAACUGCAUAAGUGCUAAACAGUUUCAAUACUUGUCUGUGUUCGUGAACUAUUAAUUUAAGGCGAGUGGCUCUCUGUUACUGUGCAGCCUGCUUAUGCUGUCAAAAACUGUGAACUUUGAUCUUUAAGAAAUCUCUUCAGAUCAGUCGUGGCUUUUAUGUGGUCCUUAUCAAUUUGUGCGCGCUUUGAGGAUUUUACACAUUUCAAUGUUUACUUUUAAUGGAUUAAAUGUAGUGAUAAAACAAUAUUUCUGUUUCAUGGAAGCAUUACAUCAAAGUGCAGUUUAAAACUAUAGCUUCUUAAAAGGGUGCUUUGUAAAUCUGUCCAAGUUUUGACAUUUGAAACAUAACUCAAACAUUGUCAGUGUAUAUGUAAAUAUUUAAAAGACCAUAGAGAUUAUAAUAAUGCAGUGUCUCUGUAAACCAGCGAGAGCAUGCAUGUCCUUUUUCAGGAUGUGAAAAUGAAUGUGACAGCUUGUACAGAUUUGUUAACACUGCACCCUUCUGGGAAGGUUUUUUUCUGCAUGUCGCUCAUAGUAACCUCCUGUGUGAAGCUAUGACCUGUACCAUCUUGUGCUAAAUGAAAUAUUUGUGCAAUCUCUAAUUGUGGCAAUGCGAUUUUCUGUUGUGUUAUAACUAUAUAUUUAUAUUUCCUUCUCUGUGGACACGGUUAACUUGUUGAGUGAAGUGUUUACAUUCAGAAAUGUCUUUAGGUUAGACAUGGUUCACAGUUAAUUGGCAUGCAUCCUGUCAUGAAUUGCACCUUCUUCUUAGUGAUUAAACAAUGCUCUGGAGUUAAAGGGUUAAUUUUCAAAAAUUAAAAUUAUCUAAUGAUUCACUGACCCUCAAGCCAAAUCUUCUUUCAGACGAACACAACUGGAAAUAUAUUUAAAAAAAUAUCCUGUCUCUUCCAAGCUUUAUAAUGGUAGUGAAUGGUAGUGUGGUUUAAUUUUAUGAUGGAUGGAUGCUUUUUUGGGGGGCUUCAAAAUCUCACCCCCCAUUCAUCAUUAUAAAGCUUAAAAGAGCAAGGAUAUUUUUAAAUAAAUCUCUGAUUGUGUUGAUCUGAAAUAAGAUGGGCAUAUACACCUAGUUUAAGGUGAAGAAAUCAUGGGAUAAUUUUCAUUUCUGGGUGAACUAACCCUUUAAUGUCACGCUACAGACAUCAUAUUGAUGUCACCUUCAGCAUUUAAUGUACACUAAGUAAUUUUGCCAUUGAAAGUUUAACAAAUCUGUUCAAAUUUGUAAGGUCCAAUCAUAUCAUCACCUAGAAAAAGCCAUUUUAUUGUACAUAUAGGUGGUCAAGGUGGCCACCAUGUUAACCAGCCAAACACUACUUAUUUUAUCUUGGUAAUCCCCAUUAAUAGAGACCUUUAGUCAAAGAAAAAAAAAUGAUAAUAAAUGACACAUAGCUGCGAAUAGUGAACAGUGUCUACACUGACAUUUGAAACAAAAAUGUUUCCUUUGCAUAAUUCUGCAUUAAUGCAAAUAGAUCCCAGUAUAAAUUUCCUGCGUCAUACGUUACUUGGCGCACAUUAUAGUCCAUCAUCUGAGUCUGUACAGCUAAAAAGGGAACAAGAAUUUUUUGGCACGACUGGCCUUUAUUUCAUAGGCACUUGGUUUUAAAAUGUUCUGCUCCACAGUUGAAACAGACAUUUUGCCUGUAAGGAGAUUAAUUGUCACAUUUGUAAGUACAGACACAGUGUGGACAGCCUCUUACUGAUGCAUGUUAUUAAAAAUGCCCUGAAUAUUGCAUUAAUGAUAAGAGCAGAUUUCAAAAUCAUAAUGCAAAUGAACACUGCAGUAACUUCCCACUCCACAACUCUUUUAGGAAAGCUUAAUUCAUGGCAUGUGUACUGUAUAUAAUGUUGUUCCAGUUUGAUGUUUACCUAGAUUCCUUUGAGCUACUUUCGCACAAGAUUUGUCACUGUUUUGUUGAACUACAUUGAAGUAUGUUCAACUAUAUUUGUCUAUAUUGGUGGUAUUUAUGAAAUACAAGUGUCAUGCCAUUUGUAUUCUGUAAUAAAUGAUGUAUUUAAUGUA